GAUAUCGCGCAUUGUUUCGCCGCCAGAUGGCGAUUGAAUACAGCCCUUAGCGCGAGUGUCCCUUUUCGAUGAUGUUUUUUCGACGACUCGCGGUGCUGAGGUAGAGUGUGCGGUUUGUGUUUUGCAGCGCGUGUUUUGAGAGGGACAUGGCUGCAACUCUGCGCUGCCUGGCGCGAACUGUCGCGUCCGCUGGGUUGAUGAGGAACGUCGAGCUGUUGAAGAGCAAUGUCAGCCCGUGUAGUUUUGCUCUGACACAAGUGAGAGGCAUUCGUGCUCAGGCUACGCCGAAGGUCCAAGACCUAGACUUGAAGAGUCUGACCGAUUUUGAGAUUUCCAAAGAUCCCAACGAGUGGCAAUACGUUGAGCGUUUGUUCAGAACCGGAAAAACCGUGCCAAUACCAAAAAGCUUUGAGGGCAAAUCACCUGCCGGAUGGUCGUCUCCCAAGGAAGAGGCAAAGAAACUUUCAUACUUCAUUAAUCGAACGAAAAAUUACAUGCAACCGGUUUACCUUUCCAUAACAUACCGAGGUACGAGACACAUAACUGUAAUUAGGAGAAUCCAAGGUGAUGUAUGGGAGUGCGAGAAAGAUAUUAGAAAGUUUCUUAAAAGCAAGCUUUCCACAGCUCAAUACAGUCGUUUGGCCACUCGUAUCAACGAAAUGUCUGGUCAAAUUAGAAUUAGAGGAGAUUAUGUAUCGAUGAUAAAAUACUGGAUGGAUAUGAAAGGAUAUUGAACUGGGUUACGCCUACAAGUUUGAUGUUAUUUAAAUGUACUUGAUAUAGUUACUGUUAAAUAAAUUUUCUUCUUUUUUUUUUAUAAAUAA